CACCAUCGUGCAACUGGCUCGACCUGACUAGAGACUUCAAUCAUCAACUCUUCCACCACGCUCCUUCCCGUCGACCUCUUCACAUCUCUUCACGAUUCUUCGGGAAACUGGAAUCUCAGUCGCCCUUCCACCUCUGCCUCACAACAGACACCGACCUUCAUCGACCUCAGCUCGCUACCCAUCCCGCACCAGGCGACAAUUACGUGUUUGACUCGUUGACUCGACGUCUUGCACUUUCGACCUUUCUACUUCCUCAGAACGAACCAUAGGACUAUCAACCCAUAUCAGGCCGUAGGAUAAUAACCCAGGACUUUUACUUUGGACUCCCAGGACAUACCAACCCAAAGGACAGGCCGUUUCUACUUUUUCCUUCUUCUUCUCUUCCACUUUGGAUCUCGCCUUCGAGACCCAUUACAAACCGCCAGAGAAAGGAUUCCCAUUUGGACCCGCAAAAAUCACAUAACAUGCAGCAUGUAUCAGGAUUUGGCUAUCCCACCCCUCCCGCGUCGCCGGUGUACGACAACACAAAGUGUUCGAUCCAACAACCCAUCACGACAGCACCUCACUGCCAGGCACGAUAUGUCCCGCUAACACCAGAGGCGAGACUCGGAAGGUUUCUUGAGGGCAAGUUGCAGUUGCAAACCAUUCUUGGUACUGGCGCAUAUGGCGUCGUAUAUUCCGCAGUGGAUGUCAAGACCGGAGUCCGUUACGCCGUCAAGUGCCUCAGCAAAUUCAACCCAGAUGGAACCCCAUUGGAUCGUCGACAGGUUGCCUUCCAGAACCGAGAGAUUCGUCUGCACUACCUGGCGUCGGCCCACCCCAACGUGGUGUCGAUGCUCAAGAUUGUUGAUGACCCGGACUGCAUCUAUGUUAUCUUGGAAUAUUGCCCGGAAGGUGACUUGUUCUUCAACAUCACCGAGUGCGGUCAGUAUGUCGGGAACGAUGACCUCGCCAAGAGAGUCUUCCUGCAAGUAUUGGAUGCCGUGGAGCACUGCCAUUCCCUCGGAAUCUACCACAGAGACUUGAAGCCGGAGAACAUUCUCGUGUCGGACCAAGGAUCAACAGUCAAGCUUGCCGACUUUGGCCUCGCAACCUCAUCCGACCGGUCAGAGGACUACGGAUGCGGCUCAACAUUCUACAUGAGUCCAGAAUGCCUGGACCACUCCGCCCGGAGACCUUUCUACCUCUGCGCACCAAAUGAUGUCUGGAGCCUCGGAGUCAUCUUGGUCAACCUGACCUGCGGACGCAACCCAUGGAAGCAAGCAUCCUUUGAGGAUUCUACUUACAGGGCUUACACCCGAUGCCCGGAAACUCUGAAGAGCAUUCUCCCCGUGUCGGAUGAACUGAACGACAUCUUGGGGAGGAUCUUCACCCGUAACCCGGAUCAGAGGAUUACUCUUGCCGAGUUGAAGGCAAGAAUCCAGGCUUGCUCCAUGUUUACCAUUCCGGCGAGGUCGACAGCUGUGCUCUCGACUACCCAGGUUCCGCAUGAGCACACUACCGAAUACGUUACUAGCGAGGACACGAUUGUCGACGACUACGACAACGCCCUCUCACCCGCUUCCUCCUCCUCAGACGAAGGAUCCACCUGUUCUUCUGACGAGGGCUCGCUCACCUCAAGUGGCUCGACCAUCGAUGACCUUGAUGAGGACUUCCUUCAGGAACAGCAGGAGACUAUGGCAUGCCAUACCCAGACAUACGAACCAGAGGAUACCGGAGCAACAUACUUCCCCACACAGGACUACAUCCCUCAACAGUAUACUGGCCCCGUACCAUCCCAGCUUGCUGGACCUGAGUCCUUCCGUGUCCAGAUGGCUGUACCAACACCGGCUCCUGUCCAGGCUCAACUGCAAGCGCCCAGCUGUCCAUCCAAGUCUUUCGUCCAGUUCUGGUGGGGAGAUGUGUUGAAGUAUGCUCAGCAGGCCCCUGCUAUUCAUCCUCACGUUCCAUUCCACCACCAGGUUCCCAUCUUCUCGCAUCCUCAAGGCUGCUACUAGGAACAAUUAUCCGUUACGCCAACUCAUGUCCAGGACCAUCCCAAUCCUACCUAUCCUGGAGAACAUGGCGACAUCAAUUCAAACAAAACAACUAAUCAACGUUCAUUCUCGUGGGCCAUCCAUGAGGACACUUAAUUCGUUACGAGAUACGUGGACCAUAUUACCUUUUGGAUUUAUCUUCCCGGAAUGGAAUCUUCAAAAGUCGUGCGAAAAGGACCUGAAUUUGUCUAUUACGCAAAGGCGCUUGUAAACUUGCUGGAGCGGGGUUUUCUUUUAUUGUUUAUUCUUUCUAUGUCUUCAGCGCGGAGUUGGGAACCGGAAAGCAAAGAGUGACGGUGUGUUGAUGUCGAAAACUAUGGAAAGCAUAUUAGGCGCAGAAGGGGGAUACAGACCAAGAGGCAGGAAAUCUUUUCAUGAUUUUUACUGGGAGGCGGAAUAUUCUAUUCUGACGCAUUAUUGCGCAAACGGCUUGGGGAAAGGAGCCUUCAUAGGGCCACUUUCCUGGCAAUCGUUUGGAUGAUACCAGAUUCUUCUUUUUUUUUUCUUUUUCUUUUUUUUUGGGGGGAUGGAUUUGGGCCACUUACAGGAGAGAGGGAUUCAGUUCACUCAAAGCUGAGGAAAAGACGGUUUAGACAAUACCUGGGCCAAGAACCCAACCGCCAGCGGAUAUGUUCGCUGAACGGAGACUCAAGCUGGGAACAAAGCCCUCCAAACGAGUACGGGCUAGGGACAACGACCAGAAAGAAAAAACUGGCGCCUACCAAUGAAUACAAACAUUCAAACACCC